AUGUCCUUCGCCGGUGUAUCUGUCAUCGCCAAUGGCAAACUCCUGGGCUCUCCCACCUCCCCUACCACCGCCAGCGACAGCACUAUAGGAUACCACUUGCUCGUCGUGGAAGGCUACUCCCGCAUCAACAGAUCCAUCGCCAUCAAUUCUCGCUAUUUCACAGUGGCGGGCCGCCGCUGGAGUAUCUUGUACUACCCCAAUGGCCGCAAAAACCAUGACAUGGAUGGCCCGGGAUCACUUUGUCUUUACCUCGCCGAGGAAGGUGGAAAGCCUGUGAAGGCGCAGUUCGAGUUCAGUUUCAUUGAUGGGACUGACCAGCCGGCGACGGCAUGCAACCAUGCGCAUGCUAAGGAAAUAUUUGAGUUCCAAGACUGGAACCACAUCCCGCACGAAAAGCUCAUCAAAAGAGAGGCCUUGGAGAAACACCUCAAGGGCGAUAGUUUCACAAUUCGGUGUGAUGUCAUCGUUGUGGCGGGGGAUGUGAUCCCCACCACCACUUCUCCCUUCAUCACGGUGCCGCCCUCCGACAUGCAACAGAAUUUCACCGACCUUCUCCUGGCUGGAGAGGGUACAGAUGUGGUCUUCCAGGUCAGUAACGAGGCUUUGGCCGCCCACCGGUGCAUCCUUGCGGCCCGCUCUACCGUCUUCAGGGCGGCCCUCUUCGGCCCCAUGAAGGAAGGCACAUCUCCGACGGUGGUUCAGGUGGAUGACAUGAAUGGGACGGUGUUUAAGGCGAUGCUCGGUUUCAUCUAUGAUGACACGCUACCUUUCCCUGCGGCAGACGAAAACGAAGGCGUCCUGCUGCAGCACCUACUCGUCGCGGCCGACAGGUACGACCUCCGGAGGCUGAGAUUGAUGUGCGAGAAGAAGCUGUGCGAGCACAUCCGUGUGGGCACAGCGACGACCAUUCUGGCCCUUGCGGACCUGCACCACUGUGACGGGCUGAAGAAGGCGUGCUAUGAGUUUCUCCGAUAUCCGGCGAACCUGAGGGCGGUUGUGGAGACGGAAGGUUUUGAACAUCUCUGCAGCAGUUACCCCACUCUUAUGAAGGACAUGCUCCUCGGCGUGCUGCCUUCUAAGUAG